GUGGUAUAAAUGCCAGCCUCUUUCCCACUCAAGGGAAAUUUAUUUUUAUUAAUAAAUUUAAGCAUGCUGCACGUGCAGCACAUUAAUCUACCCACACCCUCAUCCAUUCUGGUGCAACAACAAGAUUAUACAAGGUCAAACACUGAGUUUGAAAUCUAAUUAGAGAGGAACUUUUCAAAACUGUUCUGUUUGAGGACAUGCCCCAAGGAAUUCAGAGGCAAUUUUAAACUUUGCAUGCACAUCUGCGUUUUACAGUUAUAAACCAGAGAGCAACAAUAGUAUGGCACACCUUGCAUCAGCCAGCUCUAUGCAAUCAAGUAAGCUAUUCUACUGCCAAGCUUAAAAUCUCCUUCUAGGAGAUUGGGGGUCACAAUGGAUGUUUUAAACGAAAUUACUAGAAGGAGUGAGUGGUGCUAUUCAUAGUAAGACUGUCUUAAAAUUAUUUAAGGAUGGUUAGGGAAACUGGCAACUAUAUCCUAAACAUUUGCACUGGUGUGUCUGCCUGUAACUUCAUACUCUGCGGCCUAGUGCUGCACUUGCCAUAUUGUAUUCAACACGCUUAUUUAUAGAUGCAGCAAAUGUGGCCCGAUUCUAAGAAGGAGCAGCUUAAGUAUCUUAAGUAGUUGUGAAAAAUAGCAAUGAGUGAAUUCAUUACUAACUACUUAAGACAGCUUUAUUUAUUCUGCAAUUAUUUCCUGAACAAAAGAUGUGUGCUGUUUUUAAAAUAAGUUCUAAAUGUUGCUAUCUUUGAUUUUCUUUUUAAAGCUCCCCCCCUUUAAAAGACAAAUCGAAGAAUUACUGCACAGCAGCAGGUUAUUUCUGGCUCUUCUACAAUUAUUAAUUUUGUUACAACACUAACAAGUGGGAACAUAAGCAAAGAAGAAAACACACACACAUACAACUCAGGACAGCUAUUUUCUGGAAAAAUUCCUGAGAGAUAUCAGUGUUCAGCUACGGGAGCAAAAACAGUCUUGUGACACUGCAUCAUAUGUCAUCUGAUCCAAUGCCACAAUGAAUCUGUUAGGGUAGGACAGGCAUCCCCAAACUCGGCCCUCCAGAUGUUUUGAGACUACAAUUCCCAUCAUCCCCGACCACUGGUCCUGUUAGCUAGGGAUGGUGGGAGCUGUAGUCCCAAAACAUCUGGAGGGCCGAGUUUGCUUAUGCCUGGGGUAGGACAUGGCCAUCCAGGUAUCUUGCAUAUGUUUUGAACUACAACUCCCAUCAGUCUUAGCCAGCAGAACCAUACUGGAUGGGGCUAGUAAAAGUUGCAGUUCAAAACAUCUGCAAGGCACCAAGUUCUUCAAUACUGUUUUAGAGUGACAGCCAACGUUCAAUAAGCAAACUAGUGCUCAUGAAACAAAAUUCCCUCUUUGCUUCCGAGACCCUCCCCAUAUCUGCUCCAGUGAGUCCCCUAAGAGUAGAUUUGGGGGGGGGGGGACUACAGGGAAGUGAGGAAGUCCUGCACCAGCAGAAGUCCAUUUUGGUUGCAGGCAGCUAACAUAGGAUGCGACUAUUAGUCUUUAAAGUGCCACAAUCCUCAGUGGUGAUGUUCUCUGCAUCAGUGCUAGAAAUGAGCCAGAAUAAUUUUGCACCUGGCUUACUGACCACUUGUGACCAAAUGAAGAUGCCUGAGCACCAGGAUGGCGCCUGACACCACCACCUGGAUAUGCAUGCCUGGGGAUCAUUGGACCUUGACUGUUUUCACACACUAAUACCACAUCCUAUAGAAUUCUAUCAGUUAUAUUUUUAUCUGCACAAUCAGAAUGAAUUUCAGGAACCAAAAAGUCAUAUUGAAAAAUACGACUUUAGAGCUGCCUUGCCCCCAAAUGGCAACUAGACAUUCCAUUUUGGCAAAUGUAAUCUUUAUUUAAGGAGCCUUUUAGUGCCUAGCUUAUAUACAGCACCUGAGUUUAUAACACUGCUUUGGUUGAAGGAAAGUUGAUCAUACAAUCUUAACCAUACUGGUAUCUCUCUCUCUUGAAAAAUGUGAUUUGUGUUUCCCUACCAUGCCACAAAACCUAAAGUAAUGAACCAUCAUUACUAAUACCUGCAGCAGUAGCAUGUACUCUCAACAUCAAUGAGAUCUAGUUUCAAUGUGACUUGAAAUUAGAAUUGAUUUGUCACAGGACUUGAAUCUUCCAGAGCCCUUGAGCAAGUUUAUAAUGUCAUACAAAAUCAAACCCUACUACUCCUUUUAAUCAGUAGUAAUGUUCGAAUCAUGAAUAAGCUUGUGAGGAUGCUACUAGGAUUCUUAAAGAACUAAAACAGAAAUUAUUACACAGUCAGUUUAAAGGUAAAGCAAUAGUUUUAUUAGCACAAUUUAAUAGGGACCCAACAUUAAAAAUGUAAGCCAUUUUAUAAUGUGAAAAAUAACUGCCUUUCCACUUUCAAUGAAACCUAUUAGGAAUCUAGUCAUUUCAGAGGUGGGGCAUUCUUGACAUAACUUCACAGAAAGCGUAGCCCUGGGUUUGAAAGUGAUAAUAAGAAAAACACUCUUAAGAAACCAUAUUUUCAUGUAACACAGGAAUAACCAAUGAAAAUAUAGGUUAAACUUAUUUUGAACAAAGCAGAACAUUUAACUGUUGUUCACUGUAUAAUUUGUGUAUAUUGGAAAGCAGACAUGUACAGAAACAAAACAAAUAAUGGUUGAGAUCCAAAGGCUAUCCCCUUCUAGUGGCAGCCAUUCAUAUCCCUGAAAAGUUGCACCAAAAGGUCAUCAGAUUAUCCAGAACAGCUUUCCAUGAGGCUAGAAGGGUGUACACAUAGGGAUCUACAGAUCCCAGCCAAUGUUAAAGGAACAUAAUGUUGGAUGUUUUUCAUUUCCACUUAGCAAAUCUGAGAACUUACUUAACACGUCAGACAGACAUCACUUUAACAUUUCAGGAUCUGUACUCAAAUACAACAAUUACAUUAUUAUUAUUGUUAUUAUUAUUAUUAUCACUAUUGGGAAACAUUACAACUAGAGAUGCAAAAUACUAUGCCAAUUGACCGAUUUAUAAUAUAAUCACUUUGUGCCAUAGGAGAAACACCUACUUGUUCUGCCAGACAAACACUAAAAAAAAUCAAUGACAAAAUUCAUCUUCAAUAAUAACAAGCAACUGUUAUGUGGUUCUGCUAUAAUUCGCAAAGUUACUAUCCUAUGGAUUCGCCUGAAUCUUGCUGAAGUCAAAGAAAUUUAAGCACCUAACUGUGCAGAAAUGGAACCCAUAAAUGUAACACUAGGAGCCUAUAUUCCAAAGCUACAAUAUUACAUUGUGUUCUUCCCAAAGACUGACAACAUGAACCUCAACCAAGUAUAAAAGAUGUUCCUGAUAAAAUUAUUUCAGCAGAGUCAAAUUUAAGGCUACUAUUCUCAACAGCUGCUAUGGACAACUUAAUAGGACUGUGUUAAAAAACAGGUGGUUUCAAAUAUACCUGUUUAUAACCACUGAUUUGUCUGUGCAGAAACUGUUCUCUUCUGUUAAAAUUCCACAGAUUAAAGAAAUUAGUAAUUUAGUUUUUGUUUUUUUUAAGAAGAGCCAAAAGCAACAAUUUCCUCAACAAUUCAGGUAAAUUUUCUCCAGAGCAUGAAUCCCAUCAUUAACUGGAUUAUUAAAAAAAACAAUAUUCUACUAUAAAUAGAAACCAGUACAUAAGCUUGAUUGAUAAAAAUGUAUAAGAGCCCAGUGUUGGAAAUGCUUUUGUCCACUCCAAGUAAUUAUAAUGCACAUUCAACAAGCUAAAUUGCUUGCAACCACAUAAUUCCACUCCUCAUUCACCUUCUUCUUGCACUGGAGGCCCUUGUUAUCAGUCUCUCAUUACUACCAGGUGCAAUUAUUUGUCAUGCUGGACCCUCAGCCAAUAUCAAAAAAAUGCCCCAACUCCUGGGCCGUACAGUCACUUUUGCAGGGUCUACAGCACUGGUCUUCAACUGGUGGGUCAGGACCCACCAGUGGACUGGGACCUAAUCCAAUGUGGGUCACAACAGGAGCACUGCUACCAUGCAAAUAUAUGGUAAAAGAUUAAGAAAUAGGUCCCCAAAUGCAUGUAUAUGUUAAAAGUGGACCCUGGAACUGAAAAGGUUGAUGAUACCUAGACUAGAGAGUUUGAGUCAUGUUUAUACUCUUAAGUUGAUUCAUGCACUUUAAAACGAAAGAGGAAACAUAUUCCAAAGCCACAGGUGACCUAAUGGGAGGCAUCUGAUGUUUCACACUUUUCCACAAGAGCAUUUUACGUCUUUAAAAUUUUAUAGUACAACCCAAUCCAGAGCACUCUUCUAUAAAAUGGAAUCGGUUGACCCAAGUACUUUAAACCAAUUUGGCUGUAGACAAGAUUAUGAACAUGCCAACCUAAAAUACUACUUCUGUCCAUCAUAUUGGUUCAUUUCUCUUAUUACCAUUUGGAACAGAAAUGUUGUCUAAAGUAGCUGCAUUUUCUCCAGAAACAAAUCUUAUAUGGGACUUCAGACCCAAUGUUACUUUGCAGUAUAUUUUCAGAAACUCCAGGUUUACAAACAGCAAAACAGAUAAAAAAUAUCACUCUGUGCAAAACUCAAAAAAAAUUCUUUGAAAAGAAACACCCUGUAUGUACAGGAUACAUAUAGGUACAUAUUUUUUGCAGGGCAGCUAGCACCAUUUGUCCGAGUUUUCAAGAGGGAUGCAUUAGACCAGAUCAAAUCAGUUUAACAGAGGAAGGAUAAUUGCUGUAUACAAAGAACCUUGUGAUUCACCCUCAAUCUCAUUAUUUACUACUGCGAUAUUCCGGCUUUAAAAAAAUAGGCACAGGCCUACUCAUCUACGCUAUUUAUUAAAACAACCUAGCAACCAAGAAGCGCUAGAUUGAUUUAUGUAGUAGCUGCAUGAACGCAAACCGGGGCCCUUUGCGUACAGGGCAAUUUUGCAAGAGAAAAGCAAAUACGCUUUCAUUCCUGCACCACCAAGAAACCGGCUUAACUAACCUGACGACAGACUCUGGCCGCUCAAAGCCCCAAAAGGCUGCCUUUAAAAAAAUAAGAAAGAAAGAGAACGAACUAGCAGCAGUUCCGGAUUCGAGGAGGUCCCUCCUUUCCUCCCUCUCCCAACGCCGACGGAGGAUCCCCAAGGCGAAGCAAAGUUUUCCUGGAGCCCCACAAGGACAACAAUGCCGCCCCCCCCCCCCCGAGCAAGAGCCGCCAAGGCGCCUCGCAGGAACCCCUUUGCUUCCCACCCCCGACCUCCGCCCUCCCUCCGUCCCUCCCCUAGCCGACUCCCGGGCUCGGCGGCCACAGUCACAAAGGUCGGCUGGAGCCGCGCACUUCAGCCGCGGGCGCGGAAGGUAUAAUAAAGGAGAGAGGAAGAAGGCGGGGCGGAGAGGGGAAGAAAUCCGCCUCCAUCCAGCAGGGCACGUCAGGGGCCGCCGAACCCGUGUCGAGGCAUCCCGAGGACACACCCUGAGGGUCAAGCGGACGCAGCCACCCAGCGGGGCCGAGGAGGCCUCAAGGGCCCCGGGGCCCGAGCUCCACAGGCAGAGGACCCCCCCCCUCCUGGCCGCCAACGCCUCCCGCGCCCGGGAAGCCGAAGCGCCAAGGCUCCCUCGGAAAGGCCUCCUCAGGCGCCGCAACACGGCGAGCUGCGGCCCUCAAGGCCCCGGCAGUACCUUCGCUCCGCGGCGGGCCGGGUGGCUGGCAGGCAGGCAGGCGGCGGCAGCGGCGGCUACCCCCACCCAGUCGGCGUCGUGGUGGUGCUGCGGCGGCUCUCGGUGUGGGCCUCGGCCGGCGCUCCUCUCCCCGGCUGGGUUCGCCUACGGCCUUCGGCUCGCUCGGUGUCGGCCUGGCUGGCCCCUCCCCCGCCCCGCGGUCCUGGCUGCGCAGCGGCCCCUGCUCUUCCUUUCCCUUCUCGCUCGCUCUCGCUCUCCUCUUCCCUUCCCAGCCCGGCGGCGGAUACUACUGCCCCGACGAGCAGCUGCGGCGGAGCAGGAGAAAGCCCCGCGCCCAGCUCGGCAGGCGACUCGCGGCUGCCCCCUGCGGCCUGGCGGGAUCCGCGCAGCCGACGCCGCAGCCCUCGGGCCUGCCAGGCGCCCUUCAACGCCGGCCAAUGUUCUCGGAACGCGAAGGAGAUCGGGGACAAUGGGGGAAAGGAAUGCCUCUGAGCAUGGGCAGACGCCGGGGGAGGGGGGCGGGCGCGGCCUUUCCUUCGUAAAUCGUAGGGCGUGGUUAAGCUAUGUGAAAGCCUUUCCAGGCUCUUGA